AUGGCGGAAAAACAGACUGUAGAGCUGAUAAAGUCGUUUAGGGAACAAAUGGAACAACAAAUGCAGCAACAUAAGAGAGAUAUGGACACUCUGUUAAAACUGUUUGGUGUCCAACAAGUUGAAGGCGAUUCCAGUGGCUAUUUUUCAGCUGCUUCGACAACAGUGUCGAUUCCACCAUUUGCUGCAUUUGAUUCAACGACAGAACUAUGGCCUGGUUACUGGUCAAGAUUCCGCACGUUUGUGGCUGCUAAUGCUGUACCUGAACAACGCAUGGCACAAGUGUUCCUGACCAAUCAGACCGCUACUAUUUACAAGCAACUUGCUAAUCUGGCUACUCAACAAAAUCCGCCUAAAGAUAUCAACAACUUGACAAUGGACGAAAUCGUUGACUUCAUGAAGGAACAGUUCGACCGAAAACUUUUCAUUGUGAGAGAGCGUUUCAAGUUUUGGAGUGAUAUGCAACAGAAGCCAGGCAAAACUCUCCAGGAGCUGGCAGCACUCUGGAAACAACUUGGAAGACCAAAGCUGCAAGAUGUCAAGCAUCGCUAUGAAUCUGCCAGCAAGCACAACCUGCCUGUUCUAGGAACUUUCAUGGGCCAAACCAAGGAUCCAACAACCGGUAAGCAGGAUCUUAUACCAUACAUUGUCACCAAGAUCUCUGAUCUUAAUUUGCUGGAACGAAAUGCUAUCCAGACUCUGGGAAUUUCCGUGGACACUGCUCUAGAUUUGAAAAGCAUAGACAGCCAAGCCAAGAGGGAAGGUGCAGAAGUGUUAUAUCCAAAGACCUCAAGUGAGCCCUAUGUUUCCCUGCAACAAGAUUGUCACAACAUGUGUGAUGAAUUCCCAGAUCUUUUCAAGCAAGAAUUGGGAUGUCUCAAGAACUUUGAACUGGAAGUGAAAUUCAAAUUGGACGCAACACCAGUCUUUCACAAGGCACGUCUGGUCCCGUUUGCUCUUCGUGAUGACCUGGCCAAAGGUUACGAAGAAGGUAUUGCCAAGGGAAUCUGGAAGCCAGUCCAGUUCAAUGAAUACGGAACGCCAGUGGUACCGAUUCGUAAAGCACAUGCUUCAAGCAACCUGAAGCCCAAACUAUGGAUUUGUGGUGACUACUCUGUGGGAAUUAAUGACCAACUUGCAGAUCACCGUCAUCCAAUGCCACUCCAAGUUGAACUGAUGCAGAAACUCGGAGGUGGAUUCGGAUAUACUAAGAUUGACCUUGCUGAUGCCUAUAAUCAGAUCAAGCUGGCUCCAGAAAUGGCCGUCUUCCAGGACGACAUGCUCGUCAGUGGGAAAGAUGCAAACAGUCACCUAAACAACCUAAAGUGUCUGCUCACACAUCUAAGCGACAAUGGACUUAGAUGUCGCCGUGAAAAGUGUCAGUUUGCACUACCCAGUGUAAAAUACCGUGGACACAUUUUGUCGACUGAAGGGAUGCAACAACAACAGGCCUGA